AUGAAGAUCAAAGAAGUUCGAAUCAACGGCUUUCGAAGUUACAAAGACAAUACCCAUGUCUCCGGAUUCAGUCCGCGGUCGAAUGUAGUUGUCGGCAGAAAUGGCUCUGGAAAAUCCAAUUUUUUCCAUGCUAUUCAAUUUGUUCUCUCUGACGAAUAUGCACACUUGAAAGAAGAACAACGAUUAGGAUUACUUCAUGAAAGUACUGGACCGAAAGUUGCACAUGCUCGUGUUGAAAUUACAUUUGACAACUCUGAAAGACGACUCAUGGCUUUCGACAACUCAGAAGUCAAAAUCGUUCGUCAAGUGGGCAAGAAGAAGGAUCAAUACUACAUUGACAACAAGAUGGUCCCACGUGCUGAGGUCGUUAAUCUCAUGGAAUCAGCUGGUUUCUCGCGAUCCAACCCUUACUAUAUCGUCAAACAAGGAAAAAUCAACGAGUUGGCUACAUCUCCAGAUAGCUACAAACUCAAGUUAUUAAGAGAAGUAGCUGGAACCAGAGUUUAUGACGAGAGAAAAGACGAAAGUAUGAAGAUUCUGAAAGAGACGAAAAUGAAGACCGAAAAAAUCCAAGGCCUUCUGAAGUACAUUGACGAACGUCUUCAAACAUUGGAAAACGAGAAGGAGGAUUUGAAAGAGUAUCAAAAGUUGGAUAAGACUAAGAGAAGUAUUGAGUACACGAUGUAUGAUAACACAAACAAGGAGGCCAUGAAAGAAAAGACGAAAUUGGAUCUUGCGAAGAGUGAGAUAACUAGCAAGGAUAAUGAAGUGAAGAAUAGAUUGGCUGAGUUGGUUGUUGAAGUUGCAAAGUGCAAAACGGAAAAGAGCAAGUUAGAUGCUCACGGAAGAGCUCUUCGCGAAGAUAAAGAGACAUUGCAUACCGAAAAGACCAAAAUGACGGAAAAUGAUAUAAAACUGUCUUUAGAAAUCAAGUCUUUGUUAGAAGAAAAUUCGAAUGAGCGGGAAGGCCGUAAUAGGGCUGAGGAGUCUUUGCAAACAGUCACUGAAGAAAUCGCCAAAUGUGAAGAAGAGCUAGAAGUGAUCAAGCCGCAGUAUGUGGAGCUCGUUCAAGAAGAAUCUCGAUUGAAUACCGACAUUCGAAUUAAUGAGUCUCGUAUGAAGGAGAUUAUGGCUAAGAAUCAACGCCCGCGGUUUGAGACAAUUGCGGAGCGUGAUAGGGCUCUCAACGAAGAAAUCAACCAUUUCGCUAGUCUUAUUCAAGAUAGAAAAGAGCAAUUGGCGAUUGUUCAACGAGAGUUGGAAGACGUUGAAAAAGAAGAAAUCAAUCUCAAUAAUGAUGUUCAGGCUAUGGGCCUGAAAAUUAGCGAAGCCCGUUUGCAAAUGGACAACAUUACCGAAGAACUUCCAAACCUCAAGGAUCAGUAUGAUAACGCCUAUAACGCUCUACAGAGUGCUUCUCGUGAGGAAAAAGCUAUUAGAGACCAAAUCGCGAAUCUUGAACAAGAUGAAACCGCUGUCUAUGAUCAAUUAAGAAGACUAGUUGCCAGACCGAUUUUCAACGGAAUCAACGGUGUUAAACAGGUGAUGAAGGAGUUCGAAAGAGAUAAUCACAAUGGACAGCAUGACGAUGUGAUUAGAGGAUUUCAUGGAACUCUAAUUGAGUUGAUUGAAGUUGAUCAAAUGUUCAUCACAGCGUUUGAAGUUAUUGCUCAAAAUCGUCUGUUCUAUCAUGUUGUGGACAAUGAUCGGAUUGCAUCCAAGAUCUUGAGAAAGUUCAACGAGAUGCAACUUCCUGGAGAGGUCAAUUUCUUCCCAAUGAAUCGUGUCAGUGCUCCGAGAGAGAAAACAUUCACUCCGAGAAAGGAUGCUCGUGCGCUCUCGGACGCGGUUGAUUACGAUGCGAAGUUUGACAAAAUCGUUCGUACCAUCACCGCCAAUGUAGUCAUCGUUCGUGCUCUGGAUCAAAAUGCUCGAGAAAUCCGUAACGAACAGUUCGAUGUUGUGACUACUGAUGGUGAUCAAAUGUCGAGAAAGGGAGUGAUGACUGGUGGUUUCAUUGACAAAAAACGAAGCAAAUUGGAAACCCAUAGCAAGAAGAUGGCCAUCAAGAGAGAUAUCGAUGCUCUUAAAGUGAACCUGAGAGCUGCUGAGGAUAACGUUAAGGAGAAGACUCGCGAAGCGGAGCAAGCUAGAAAUCGCAUGACACAAAGCGAGAAUAUGAUUAUUGAUUUGCAUCGCAGACAUCGUGAAUUGACUGAGGCUAAGAAGGCAAUCAGUCAACAAUAUUUCAUGGUUGCAAAAAUGAAAGAGCCCAAGACCGAUCAGAUUGUGCAAAUCAAAAAUCGCCUUCGCGAACUGGAAGCACAACAAGCUACUCUUAAAGCAGAACUUGGAACUGAAAUGAAUUCACAGCUUUCCGCUGAGGAACAGAGAACGUUGCAAGAGCUUAGAACAGCAGUGGACGAGAUGAAACGAAAGUUGGCAGAUGUCUCUCAAAGUCGUAUGGAUCUCAUGCAUCGCAAGAACGGCAUAGAGAAUCGAUUAACGAAGAAGUUAUACAAAACGAAGGAAAAUCUCGCAUCGCGUGUCGAGAACAUCACAGACCACGAACGCUCUCAUCGACUUAAAAUCGCAGAAGCCCAACGGGCUUCCCUUCAAACACAGAUGAAAACGAUCGAUGAUCAGUUGGAGGCGGCAAGUAGAGAACUCGAAGAAUUCGAAAACCAGGAGAAAUCAAUUUCAAAUAAUCUUGAGAGUUUCUUAGAGCAACAAAAAGAUAAUGAGAAACGACAAAGAGAUUUCCAAGCUGAGCUGGACAAAAUUAUGGCGAAAGAAGAGGAAGUGAAAUUGAAGAGAGAGGACAGCUUGAGAAAAAUGCGCCUCCUUGGAGCCCUUCCAACGGACACAUUCUCUAAAUGGCAGAAUGUGAAACAACGAGAUUUGGAGAAGAAGUUGAUCGAAUGUGUGAACGAUUUGAAGAAAUACGAAAAUGUCAAUAAAAAGGCUCUGGAUCAAUAUAUGACUGCUUCUACACAAAAAGAAGAGUUGACCAAGAGAAUGGAUGAGCAGAAGAGGAGUGAAGCGUCCAUCGAAGAAUUGCUCGAGGUUCUAGAGAACCGCAAAUUUGAGGCCAUCGACAUGACGUUCAAACAGGUUUCUAAAAACUUCAAAGAAGUUUUCAAACAGCUUGUUCCACAUGGAAGUGGAAAAAUGACAUUGAAAGCGGGCGAUGAACAGGAUUCAGAUCCGAGCAGACACAGAGUUGAAUCUUAUCAAGGAAUCACCGUGAUGGUUUCCUUUGUUUCGGAUGAUGGUACCUCGGAAACCCGCGAGAUGACUCAACUCUCAGGAGGACAAAAGUCCCUUGUUGCCCUUGCUAUCAUUUUUGCGAUUCAAAAAUGUGAUCCAGCUCCAUUCUAUCUGUUCGAUGAAAUCGACGCAGCUCUUGAUGCUCAACACAGAAAGUCUGUGGCAGCUUAUUUCCAAAUUUUCUUCCAAAAAUAUUUAUCCGUUCCCGAGUUACAGUUCAUUUUGUGCUCCUCCUUUUCCGCCAUUUUCGCCCCCAGCAUUGCGCGCACGCGGAAAAAGAUGAUUCGAUCUCUAUCCGAUCAAGCUCAAUUCGUCACAACCACGUUCCGUCCUGAAUUGCUUUCCACUGCCGAGAAGUUCUACGGAGUUCGUUUCCGCAACAAAGUGUCCCAUAUCGAUGCGGUCACUCGUGAUCAAGCAUACGAUUUCGUGGAAGAUGACACUACUCAUGGAUAA